AUGGAAGAAAGGUAUGUAUUGAUAUUCUAAAAAUAGAAAAAAAAUUAAAAUUGCCAAUUCUAAAAAUUUUAGAACAUUACACAUUCGAUGAAGUAUUGUUUUGGGUUAGGGUUGAAGGUGUAGAAAAAGAUUACUCCAUAUCACUAGGAAUUUAAUAUAAAGGUUAGUAUGAAUUUCCAUUGAAAAAAUUCUUUUGGAGGUUAUAACUUCAAUUAUUGAAUAUUCUAAUAAUUAUCAUUUGGCUGAAUUGCCUAAAUAUAAUGAAGAAUAUUCAUAAAGAGCUGAAAAUUUAAGAGAGCCAUUUACAGGUUAACAUGAACAUAUCGUAUUUAAAACUGAAGAAGAAAUUAAUUUUGAGGACCCUUUAGAAAUACCUGUAACUGCCAGCUAAAAACUUUUCAGAAUUAGAAAGACUGUCAUAUACAGUUUAAUAAAUAGAAUUUCAAUGUGCUUCUAUGCCAGUAGGAUCCUAUCGUUUGACACCAACACAUGAACUAAUUAAAAAACCUUUUACAGGGAUUAAGGCUGAAUUAAAAAACUAUUAGCAUUUUCGAACACCAACCAGAGAGGAUAAAUAAGAUUUAAUAAGUUUAAUCGAUUUCUAUUAAAGCUCGAGAUGAAGCUCUUUAUAGAAAAGACUUUUUUGAUUGUUUAGUAGAGGACACUCCUAGUUAAUAAUGGUCAUUAUAAGCAGAUUCUACUCAAAGAAAUGUGUCCCUUUUAAUUUAUAGAAUUAGAUAACUCUCAGUAUCUUAAUUUGGCCUGGAUACAUUACUUACAGUAAUGACUAUUCAUUUGAAUAUGCUUAUUUUGGAGAUGGAAUUAAAAAUUUGGAUUUUGAGUUUUUCUUAUGA